GUUAACUGACAUAUCAGAAAGUACAAUGCAUUCUGUGGAUUUUAACCUAAUUUUCGAUUAGAUUGUUUUACGAAGUUUUUUCUAAUUCUGCAUUUGUCAAAAAUUAUAUAUAUAUGCAAUAAUCUUUCGUAUCUUUGAAGCGUUUUUAAUUUGCAUUCUUUUUGAAACAUAAUUAUCAACCUUAAUCAAUUGACACUCAAUUAAAAUGUCUGAGGUUUCUAAUAAAUUCCUGAGUACUUCUGAAAAGCAAGAUGGUACUGACUCAUCUGAUGUCAACAGUUUGUCAUCUCACACUGCUGGUAAUGUAAUCGAAAUAGAUCAAAAUAAGAAAGAAAUUGGUAUUGUUUCUGCUUCAUUUUUAAUGCUUAAUAGAAUGUUAGGUGCCGGUGUUUUCUCCACUGGUUCUACUAUUUUCCAAUUAUCUGGUUCAGUUGGUACUGCUUUAAUGAUGUGGUUUGCUGGUACUGUUAUUGCAUUAUCUGGUUUAUUGGUUUAUAUGGAAUUAGGAAGUGCUUUACCAAGAAAUGGUGGUGAAAAGAAUUAUUUGGAAUACUUAUUUAAAAAACCAAAAUUCUUGGUUACUGCUAUGUAUGCUUCUUAUGUUUUCUUCUUAGGUUGGGCUGCUGGUAACUCUAUUGUUGUUGGUGAAUAUAUCUUAAAUGCUGCUGGUCAAGAAGUUACUCAAUGGAACUCUAGAGGUAUUGGUAUUGCUGUCAUUACCUUUGCUUUCUUAAUCAAUGCUAUCAAUGUUAAAGCUGGUUUGUUUUUAGCCAAUGCUUUAGGUAUCUUUAAAGUUUUCAUUGUUUUAUUCAUCACAGUUACUGGUUGGGUUGCUCUUGGUGGAGGUAUUAAAUCUAACAACUUCCAACCAACUCACAAUUUCCAUGAUGCCUUCAGUGGUGAAACUCCAUCUGGUUUCGGUGUUGUCAAUUCCUUAUAUAACGUUAUUUGGUCUUAUGUUGGUUAUUCUAAUGCCAACUAUGCCUUAGGUGAAAUUAAGAACCCACACAAGGUUUUAAAGGUUGCUGCUCCAGUUGCUUUCCUUUCCUUAGGUGUUAUUUACAUGUUCGUUAACAUCGCUUACUUUGCUGUUGUUCCAAAGAAAGAAAUUGCUGACUCUGGUAGAAUUUUAGCUGCUUCAUUCUUUAAGUAUGCUUUUGGUGAUCAAGCUGAAAAGGCUGCCUCUGUUUUCGUUGCUUUAUCUGCUUGGGCUAACGUUAUGUCCGUUAUUUUCUCCCAAGGUAGAAUUAUUCAACAAUUAGGUCGUGAAGGUGCUUUACCACUCUCCAGAUUCUGGGCUACUUCUAGACCAUUUGGUACUCCAUUUGUUGGUUUAAUGCAACAUUGGAUUGUUUGUAUUGUUACCAUUCUUGCUCCACCUCCAGGUGAUGCUUAUAACUUUAUUAUGAAUUUGAUUUCAUAUCCAUUAAAUGUUGUUAACACUGUCUUAGCUGGUGGCUUAUUAUAUGUUUACUAUAAGAAGUAUAAAGGAUUAACUGAAUGGAACCCACCAAUCAAAGCCACUUUACCAGUUAUUAUCUUCUUCUUCUUAGCUUCUCUCUAUUUGAUUAUUGCUCCUUAUAUUCCACCAACUGAUGGUCAAACAGUUUACACCCACUUACCAUACUGGAUUCAUGCUGUUGUCACUUGGGGUGUAUUUGGUAUUGGUUUAGUUUACUACCUUGUCUGGGUUAGAAUCUUACCAAGAUUAGGUAACUACACUUUGGUUACUAAAGAAAUUGUUGGUGAAGACGGAUUCUGGAGAAAUAAAAUCUACAGAAUUUAUAACGAUGGGUCAAAUAGAGAAAUUCUUGACAUUGAUCAUGAAGAACAAAAAAACGUGGAAAUUGUGAAUUAGAAUCUUCCAAUUUAAAUCAUACAUCAUUCAUUCUUUACUUUCUUCACUAAUUUAUACUAAUUUUUAAUCUUUUGGGACAAUAAUUUGGCAUAUAAUACUUUGCAUUAUUGAAUUUUUUAUUUAUUUCAACAAUAGCAUGUCUACGUAACACAUGUUUUAAUUUCUUUAUCAUUUUUGUAUAUAAAUGCAUUUUUACUUUUAUUUCAACAAUAAACAGUGGUUAAAUGAAACCGUUAUAUUUUAUAUU